AUGUCACGUCCAUCCAGCACCUCUUCCUCCUCGUCCGAACCAACUUUAUUCACUUCUCUUCUCUCAUCUCCAAAGACUACACUGGCCAUAGUAGCUCUCGGCUCGUCUUUGUUGACUGCGGGAGCCAUGUGGAGCGUGCAGAGCUCUCAUAGAUCAUCCAGACGACGAGAUCUGGAGAGGAGAGCCAAGAGGGGCGUUGCGGGCAGAACCGCACCCCUAGGUGGAAAUGGGCCUAGUGGGCAAGCAUCUACUUCUUUAGUCGGGCGUGCGCAUACAUCAAGCGAGAAAGAUCCGAACAAAGGGCAGACCGAUGCGAUUGAGAAAGGAGAUGCACACUCGCAUUUCAGAGGACACGUCGAGCAUUGGAGGGGCGCGGAGCAGCAGCAGGAAGGAGAGGGAGAUGGAGAUGUGUCGGUGGAUGGUGGGACGCCUCGAUAUCUUGUGCAGAGCCAGCACCUCCCUUCCUCCUCGUCUGGUCAUCAUUCUCAUCAUCUCUCUGCCUCGACCUCAUCUCAACUCCACCCGCUCCACUCCUCCGCCUCCGCCUUUUCGCUCUCCCACCUCAAAGGCUCUUCGCAACGUCGACAAGCAGGAACUUUAAGCAACAAAGCUGCGAUGUCGUACGACGAGUCGUUGAUCAAGGAGCAACUCGCUCGACACUAUUCAUUCCUCGGCGAUCAGGCCAUGCGAGCUCUGAGGGAAGCGUUCGUAGUGGUGGUAGGUAUGGGAGGGGUGGGAUCCAUGUGCGCGCUUUCUCUGGUACGUUCAGGCGUAGGAAACAUUCGAAUCAUAGAUUUCGAUCAAGUCAGUCUUUCCAGUCUGAAUAGGCACGCAGUAGCUCAACUUUGCGACGUGGGCAUGUCCAAAGUGUCCGUUUGCGCCAAUCACUUUACCAAGAUAGCUCCUUGGGUACGCGUAGAAGCCAUCAAUCAACUCUUUUGCGCAAAAGAUGCAAAGGAUUUACUGGGAGCUGCGCCUUCGCAAUGGGACGCAAAGAGGCCCACGUACGUGGUGGAUUGCAUUGAUAAUUUGGAUACGAAAGUGGACCUCAUCGCGUACUGCUACAGAAACGGCAUCAGGUGUUUUAGCUCCAUGGGGGCGGGUGCCAAAGCAGAUCCCAGCAGGAUCCAGAUUGCGGAUCUGAACGACACAAAGGAAGAUCCGCUGUCUAGGCACGUUAGGAGACGGUUGAGAGCGAUGGGAAUUCCCAAAUUGCCAGAGAAGCCGACGACGAGGAAGAGGAAGGAGCAGGUGGGCAAGGGUGAAGAGCAGUCGGGAGAGGUUGCGAAAGGCAAAAAGAGCGCGGGUCGAAAAGAGGACGAGAAGAAGGCGGGCAGUGCUGCUGCUAAGAGUGAUAAGAAGGCGAAUGAUCUGGUCGAGAGUAGUCCGGCUACCUUCAGCGCUCAAAUCGACGCAGCUGCCCGCUCCCUCUCCGGCACCCUCUCUCCGCGCAAGAAGCCGUUUAACGAUAGGGAGAACAAGUCUCCUCCCAGCGCUUAUCCACUCCCGAGCCCUUUUGCGCUUCCUUCAGGCGAGCGAGGGGCAGACCAAGGAAGGGUGCCAGAGAGACAUAUGAGAAGAGCUUCGAGCGCCUCGAGCGUUGGAUCGGCCAAUGUGGGUUAUUGGACACCUGUGGGAACGCCUGGAACGCCUGGGGCUGUCCCUGUCGAGCUGGACGAAGGGGGUCUGGAUUCUGCGGACGAGGCAGAAGGGAAGAGGGCGCUAGAGGAGGAGGAUGGAGACACGACUCUUCGCGGUUCUGACGAUGAGAUGGAUGACCAGCAUCAGAAGGAGCAAGAGGAAGCAGAGGGCAAAGUGCAUAAGCUUCGACCCUCUCCUUCACCACCACCUUUUUUGACACCAGACGCUGCUGGUGCUGGUGAAAGGAGAAGAUCGUCGUUGAAGGAAUUGAAUGCCAGUCCCCUCUUGUCACCCACAAAUCAGCCGUCCAGCGAUAAAUUACCAACACGCAAUCCGCUCUCCCGUACCGCGUCUGCUUUGAACAGGACCCAUCCCGAGGCAUCCAGCUUUGAUAGCAUCUCUCGCACCGUACCCGCAUCUUCCUCACAACACAUAUCCCACUCUCUUUUCUCCUCCACUUCCAACUCGAAUUCGAAAGCGCACCAAUUUGAAAAGGACGCGCCCAUAGGUAUCCCGGUCGUCUUUUCGACGGAGACCAAGUCGGACGUCGGGUUGCUACCCUUGGACCAGAAAGAGUUUGAGAGGGGAAACGUGGAAGAGUUGGCUGUGCUUAAUGACUUCAGGGUCAGGAUCUUGCCCGUUCUUGGUGAGUCAGACAGUAACAUGGUCGGAAAUUCCUGGCAAGAGGGUAAGCCUGCAGCAUUGUGUAUGUGCAGCCGCGAAUUUGACUUGGGUCCACCUCUUUUGUCCUUUCUACAACUCUCGCCGCGUUGCUUGUAGGACCUAUACCUAGCAUGUUUGGAUUGGCUGCUGCUACGUACGUCAUUUGCGAAAUUGCUGGAAGACCUCAAGAACCUUUUGCGAGCAAGCCUUCUCGGAAAAUGUUUGAGCGUGUGAGUUCUUGCUGCUCAGUCGAUCGACGGCACACGAUCGAGUCGCCAUACAAGUCUUUCCUCGUUUCCUCUUGCUUACCAACGAAGAAUGUUGAUAUGAUCUCCGCUUUAGAUGUCGUUUGACUUGGAACAUUCGGAGCGCAAAUAUCCUUUGCUAAAUUCUUUCGCGCAACAGCAAAGGCAGCAGCGCUCAGCAGGACACUCUGACAAACCUGCGACGUUUGAAGGAGGAGGAGGAGGAGAAGGAAAAGCAGAAGGCCAAGGACCGCGUAGAUCUUGGUUCAGCAUCGAAGAUGUUCAGUACAUCUACGAAGAAGUCUUUCAUCAGAGAUCCGUAGUCGCUCCGUUCGAGACGCCCAGCAAACCUUUUCUAUUGCGAUGGGAUAGCACCAUUCCGCUCGCUUUCAACAAUGUCGCCGUCUUUUCUAGGGAUCAGGCAAAGAGACACAUGCAAGAGGUGCUUGGUAAAGGCACUUCGCCUUGGGAAGUGUGGGGAGAUGAGGCGGGAGAAAUGUUCAAAAGGCGCAUGGCAGAGGUCAGUCUGCUCCUUGACUUGCGCGAGCGCGACAAGUCAGACUCGCGAUUGGAUGGUCGAGGCUCACAUCGUGUCCGCACCUCGCUUCUCCCUGCGCGCGCAGGAACAACGAAUGAACUUGUUCAGGUGA